AACGAAAUCUGUUUUUCGACUUCGAGCUAAAGACGUUUUCUCCGUCCCACGCUCUCUUCGUCCCGAUCGUCUUCCUCAGAAUCGACUGGUAGGCUUCCGCUUGUUGGAGAUGUCGACAAUGGAGAGCUUGAUCGGUAUGGUGAACCGGAUCCAGAGGGCGUGCACUGUCCUUGGUGACUACGGCGGUGCCGAAGGCGCUCUGCCGACUCUAUGGGAGGCGUUGCCCUCUGUCGCCGUCGUGGGUGGUCAGAGUUCGGGAAAGUCGUCGGUCCUGGAGAGCAUCGUCGGGCGCGAUUUUCUCCCUCGUGGAUCUGGGAUUGUGACAAGGCGACCAUUGGUGCUACAGCUGCAUAAGACAGACGAUGGGAAGCCGGAUUAUGCUGAGUUUCUCCACUUGCCCAAGAGAAGAUUCUCUGAUUUUAGCCUCGUACGCAAGGAAAUAUCCGAUGAAACUGACAGAAUAACUGGGAAAACUAAGCAAAUUUCUCCUGUUCCCAUCCAUCUUAGUAUUUACUCAGCUAAUGUUGUCAAUCUAACACUGAUUGAUCUACCUGGUCUUACAAAGGUUGCUGUAGAGGGACAAUCUGACAGUAUUGUUCAGGAUAUAGAAAACAUGGUCCGCUCAUAUGUUGAGAAGCCCAACAGUAUUAUAUUAGCUAUAUCACCUGCCAAUCAAGAUAUUGCAACUUCUGAUGCCAUCAAACUUGCUAGGGAAGUGGACCCUUCAGGUGAAAGGACGUUUGGAGUUUUGACCAAGCUUGAUCUGAUGGAUAAAGGGACAAAUGCACUUGAUGUCCUUGAAGGAAGAUCUUACAAGCUGCAACAUCCUUGGGUUGGAGUUGUUAAUCGUUCACAGGCAGAUAUAAAUAAGAGUGUUGACAUGAUAGCUGCCAGACAAAAAGAAAGAGAGUAUUUUGAAAAUAGUCCCGACUAUUCUCAUCUAGCCAGUAAAAUGGGUUCAGAAUAUCUUGCCAAGCUUCUUUCAAAGCAUUUGGAGUCUGUAAUCCGAGCUCGAAUUCCAAGCAUUACAUCUUUGAUAAAUAAGACUGUUGAAGAGCUUGAAUCGGAGAUGAACCAUAUCGGCAGACCUAUUGCUGUUGAUUCAGGGGCUCAAUUAUACACAAUACUGGAGCUUUGCCGUGCGUUUGAAAAGAUAUUCAAAGAGCACCUGGAUGGAGGGCGGCCCGGUGGUGAUAGAAUCUAUGGAGUUUUUGACAAUCAGCUUCCUGCUGCUUUGAAGAAACUUCCAUUUGACAGGCAUCUCUCUUUGCAAAAUGUGAGGAAAGUGGUCUCAGAAGCAGAUGGUUAUCAGCCCCAUCUGAUUGCUCCUGAGCAAGGUUAUCGUCGGCUCAUUGAAGGAGCUCUCAAUUACUUCAGAGGCCCUGCUGAAGCUUCUGUCGAUGCUGUUCACUUGGUCAUGAAGGAAUUGGUUAGGAAAUCUAUAGGUGAGACUCAGGAACUGAAAAGAUUUCCAACUCUCCAAUCAGAACUAGCAGCUGCUUCCUAUGUCGCAUUAGAAAAAUUUCGGGACGACAGCAAAAAAACUGUUUUGCGCUUGGUUGACAUGGAAUCUUCCUAUCUAACUGUUGAAUUCUUUCGCAACCUUCCACAUGAAGUGGAGAUUGGAAACAAUCCUGCAAACUCUACAGCGAAGGGAGCCAAUCCUGCUGCUCCUCCAGUGGAUCGAUAUUCAGAUGGGCAUUUCAAGAGGAUUGCCACAAAUGUUUCUGCUUAUAUUCUGAUGGUAUCAGAAACACUUAGACUCACCAUACCAAAAGCAACUGUCCAUUGCCAAGUUCGGGAGGCUAAGAGAUCCUUGCUUAAUCCUUUUUACGCACAAAUGGGGAGAAAAGAGGGUAAGCAGCUUGGACAAAUGCUGGACGAGGAUCCUGCACUGAUGGAGCGGAGAGUGCAGUGUGCAAAGAGACUUGAACUUUACAAGUCUGCUAGAGACGAGAUUGAAGCAGUUUCUUGGGCUAGAUGAUAAGUAGAAUUUAACUGUUUUUUUGUUACGUAAAAUUUGUGAAAUUGAGCUAAAAAAUUUGAGGUCAUUGUAUUAUCACUGCUUCAGUUUGACUGCCAAGGUGCAAAUGCUUGGAUUGUUCAUCCAACCAUGGGCGGACCCACGCUCAUCUCAGGGUGGGCAAAUGCCCACCCUCAAAAAAAAAAAAAGCACUAGGAGGGUAAUUUUGGUAUUUGCCCCCCCUCAAAAACAUAUAUUUGCCCUAAUUUCAUUAGUCUGCCCAUCCCGCCUAUUCUAGCCGCCCUUUCAGCCUUUCGCGAAAUUUGGUUUGGUCACAGCUUUGUCUUCACCGGUUCGCCCUCUCCUCUUCUUCCCAUUUGCCGAGAGAUCGCAAAAUCCACUUUUCACAGUGUUCUUCGGCCUUCGCAGACUCGCAGUUGCAACUCGCACGCAAGGUCCGGCUCUUCCCCUUUGCAGUCGCAACUCGCAAGCAAGGUCUGGCUCUUCCCCUAUUUCGUACUUCUUUUCUGUAAUACCAAAUUAUUUUUUGUUUCGCUUUUUGGUUACAAGUACGAUUUGAAUUAAGUAGGAUUUUCAUGCGAUUA